AGGGCUCAUCGCAAUGUCUAUCUCCGAGACUCAUCUUCUAUUCCCUCUUGCGGCUGCAGAUGUUGUUGUUGCACUCUGAGUGAAGCUUGAGCUGUGGCAGCCAACCCUCACGCCAUGGCCUCCCUCCAGGUUGCUCUCACUGCUUCCACUUCUUCCUUCGCAUGCACCUCUCGUGCUGCUGCUGCUGCUUCUUCUUCUUACGGGGAGUCCGUCCCUGCAUUAGCUCCCCGUGCUAGUAGUAAUGCUCGAAGUGCGGGAUUUGUUGUUGCGACCGGGAGGGUGAGUCUCAGGGCGUUCGAGGGGUUGCGAGGAUUGAGCGGUGGUUUAGUAGCGUCCCCCGUGGAGAGCCUGAAGGUGGCGAGGAGCAGCAGUGGGGGAGAUGAUGCUGGAUACCAGCCUCUCCGGGUGUAUGCUGCGAGGGGGAGUAAGAAGAUUGAAGGGCGGAAGCUGCGAGUGGCAGUUGUGGGAGGCGGCCCUGCGGGUGGGUGCGCUGCCGAGACGCUGGCGAAGGGCGGAAUUGAGACGUUUCUGAUCGAGCGGAAGUUGGACAAUGCGAAGCCGUGCGGAGGGGCUAUCCCGCUGUGCAUGGUUGGGGAGUUCGACCUGCCGCCUGAAAUUAUUGACCGCAAGGUGACUAAGAUGAAGAUGAUUUCGCCUUCCAAUGUGGCUGUGGAUGUGGGUAAGACAUUGAACGACGACGAGUACAUUGGCAUGGUGAGGAGGGAGGUGUUGGACUCGUUCUUGCGGGAGCGCGCGGUGAAGAAUGGGGCGACUAUCAUCAACGGGCUUUUUUUGAGGAUGGACGUGCCCAAGGACGAAAACACCCCCUACAAAUUGCAUUACACGAAUUUCGACGGGGCUUCGAAGGUGGGUACACCUGGCGUGUUGGAGGUGGACGCCGUGAUUGGAGCUGAUGGUGCCAACAGCAGGGUUGCCAAGGAUAUCGAUGCGGGUGAGUACGACUACGCCAUCGCUUUCCAGGAGAGGAUUAAAAUUCCUGACGACAAGAUGGAGUACUACGAGAAUUUGGCAGAGAUGUAUGUGGGCGACGACGUGUCGCCAGAUUUCUACGGUUGGGUGUUCCCCAAGUGUGACCAUGUUGCGGUUGGAACUGGAACGGUGAUCAACAAGCCAGCCAUCAAGAAAUACCAGACGGCGACGAGGAACCGGGCAAAGGACAAGAUUGCUGGAGGGAAGAUUAUUAGAGUAGAGGCUCAUCCAAUUCCAGAGCACCCUAGGCCUCGCAGGGCGAGUAACCGGGUGGCGUUGAUCGGGGAUGCGGCAGGGUAUGUUACCAAGUGCUCUGGGGAGGGAAUUUACUUCGCUGCCAAGUCCGGGCGCAUGUGUGCUGAGGCGAUCGUGGAGGGAUCCGCCAAUGGUACUCGCAUGGUGGACGAAUCAGACUUGAGAACAUACCUGGAAAAGUGGGAUAAGAAGUACUGGGCCACAUAUAAGGUGUUGGACAUUCUUCAGAAGGUUUUCUACAGAUCGAACCCUGCCCGAGAGGCGUUCGUGGAGAUGUGCGCCGAUGACUAUGUGCAGAAGAUGACGUUCGACAGCUAUCUGUACAAGGUGGUGGUGCCUGGAAACCCAUUGGACGACAUCAAGUUGGCAAUCAACACAAUCGGGAGUUUGAUUAGAGCCAACGCCUUGCGCAAGGAGUCGGAGAAGAUGACCGUGUAGGGUUAGGGUUCUUAUCCGUUGAUACUGCCUAGACUUUCUGGUUUUAUACAAUUCGUAGAAGCACGUUCGGAGGUUCCUGAGCUUGGGUAUGUAUUUGUCAAUCCAUUGUGAUGACCUCUCAUUCACUUGUAAAACAGGACAUCUUAUCUUUUAGUUCCUCGUAGUAAGAAUACAUACUGGACAACGUUUUUUGUCCAUUUCAAUCGGCUCUCUAAUAUCACAAAUUCCCACCAUGCGGUUUUGUUUAUA